AUGCCUUCGAUUAUCGGUCCCUAUGAUGGACGGAAAGCACGUCGAAAACGCUGCGAUUCAUGUGUCAGACGCCAGAUAAAGUGCCAUGGAGGAAGACCUUGCGAGAACUGUAGACGAACCAACCAACCAUGCGGGAUGGCGACUAGGCAUACGGGGGCCAGUUUUGUUUUCGUUGGUCAAGCAUCGGACAGCAAAACUGAGAAGACUGGCCCUGCUUUACCAGGAGCGCAGAUGGUAUCUCCUCUGCCCAAGUCAAUAUGCCCCAAAAGAACAGACCGCUACCUGCCGUACUUCUUUACGUCGUUCCUGCCAAUGAAUCUUUUCACAGGCAGGACUAUCCCCAUACGUGAGGACUUGCUAGCCAUGUCCAAAUCCUCGCCUGCGCUGAAAGAUGCCAUCGAUGCCGUGGCCGCAUUACAUUCCCAAAGACAGCGCCAAUUGUCCUUUGUUGCGCAGAACGAGAAUGUUGAAAGUAUUCAGGCCUUGCAGGCUUACACGCGAUCUGUACGCUGUAUCCAGGAAGAAAUUGCAGCUGGCACGUUUAUGGCUAAUCAGUCGGCGCUGUGGGUGACCUUUUUAUUGGGUCUCUUUGAGGUACGUCUCAUGCGUGACUCGACAGGUACGAACUGGCUAUCCCAUUUCCUGCACGGGACGUCCACGAUGCUCCGUCUCCAGAGGCCUGAGGCCCUAGCUUGCUCAGAUCCGUACAGUUCACAACGACGGUCCUUCUUCCUCGCUACGCGGAUCUUUGAAAUUUCGCGCUCCUUUAUCUUUUCGUCGCCUACGUUUCUCAGUACACCUGAAUGGACCGCUGCUCUUGCGAGACUCUGGGAGGGCGAGGGCGCGGCCUUGUGGCAUCCCAAGGAAGCAUUGUUCGACAUGCUACCACAGUUCUCAGACCUUAGUAUCCGUACAAUCCAUUUCUGCGAGGAUGCAGAUCAACUGCCGCUCAACGCGCGACGUGCUCUGAUCAGGUCGCUGGCCAGGGAAGGUCUGAUUCUACAAGCAUGGCUGCAGAAAUGGGAUGUAGACGCGAGAACGUGGGAAAAGGUUCCUGGUCACAAGCCGGACACGGAGCUCAUGAUCGGGCAUAUCUACUAUCACGCCACAAGUAUAUAUCAUUCGGGGACUUACGAUUACCACCCGCACUGGACCUGUGCUGACGCGCCCAUUCUGCCAAGAGAGACCAUCAACUGGCACGCCUCAGAGAUCCUCCGUUUAAGCCAUGAGCUGUUGGCGCAAGGCGUUGCUAGCCCCCUGUUGCUCUAUCCUCUACGAGUCGCUGGAGCCCGAGCGAAAGACGAGCGAUCGAGGAAUGAUAUACUCGGCUUACUACAGAUGACAGCAAGACGGGGGUUCGUAGUAGCAGAUGCUUUUACAGAUGAAUUGUCCGAGUUAUGGGCGGACAAUGACAUGUCCUCUCCGACAGAGGUGGAUUGA